GCACUUCCCCCAUAGACUCGGUUACUUAGACACCGGGACCAGGCUGAGGACUCUGAGCGGCAGCCGGCGCACGCCACCUACACGUCAGCCAGCGAUCUGUCACCCCCGGUAACGCCGUGCCCUGCCACCGACACUGCUCUCUCCUUCUUUUCCCUGGUGCUGGAAAAUGGCGGCCUCGGUCUGUGUCAACAUCCAGAUGCUUCUGGAGGCGGCGGAGUAUCUGGAGCGGAGGGAGAGAGAAGCCGAGCAUGGUUAUGCUUCCAUGUUGCCUUACAAUAGCAAGGAGAGGGACAGCUUGAAGAGGAAAAGCAAGUCGAAGAAAAGCAGCAGCAGCAGAUCAACCCAUAAUGAAAUGGAGAAGAACAGGCGAGCUCAUUUGCGGCUAUGUCUGGAAAAACUAAAAGUAUUGGUACCCUUAGGUCCUGAAUCUAACAGGCAUACCACGCUAAGUCUCUUAACAAGAGCAAAAUUGCACAUAAAGAAACUUGAAGAUUGUGAUAGAAGGUCACAGCACCAACUAGAGCAGCUACAGCGAGAGCAGCGGCACUUAAAAAGGCAGCUAGAAAAAUUUGGGGUGGAAAGAAUAAGAAUGGACAGUGUAAGAUCGGCAGUGUCAUCUGAGAGAUCGGAUUCUGAUCAGGAAGAGAUUGAUGUGGAUGUCGAGAGCACAGACUAUUUAACAGCAGACCUGGACUGGAGCAGUAGUAGCAGCAGUGCCAGUGACUUGGACGAGAGGGGAAGCUUGCAGAGCAUUUGCAGUGACGAAGAUUUGACCAAGCACAGAGGUUCAGCUAUCUCCUGCAACACGGAAAGUUUCUUGCAUCACCUGGAAUCAACGUCUGGGAGCAGUAUGAAGGAUUUACCUUGAAGGCAUCUUGCUAGACUUCAGUUUACAGCUGUUCUACUAUCCAAUCGGAAGCUUCCAGGAGGCCACAGAAGAAGGGACGCGUCGUCUCUAUUCGGUGAUCCUGGCUCAGAACAGUGACAAUGCUGCUAAUACAAAUAUAUAUAGAUAUUUUAUUUUCACAAAUUUGUGCACCUUACGUUGCACUGAACCCAGCACACUCUUACGAAACCCAAAGCUGGACCUCUCUGGCUUUUUUAGGAGAUCUAAAAAGCCACUUUUCUUUUCUUUUUAUAUUUUUUUUCCAUUUUAGCUUUUUGGUGUCUGUAAUGGAGUCGUACAUACUGGUUUAUGGGAUUCCUCAUUCCCUGCAGUAAUAUUGGCUUAUUACCCAGCAAAUAGGUAUCGUUCCCAAAUCUGGCACGUUAUCCAGGGGCAAGGCGUGGGAGAACCAAAAGUCCCAUCAUGUCUUGAUUAUCUUUGCCAUGUCAAAACAUCUGGAGGGGGUGGGCACCUGACUGCAAGCUGUACAUUUUUGAACAUAUGCCCUUUAAGUUUUUUUUUAUUUUUUGGUGUCUUUCCAAAAUCUUUCCCCAGAAGACAUGCAUCCAUUCAGAGAGCGCUCAGUACAAAGACAAUAGCAGCCUUGUUCUGUUAGUAGAACACGCAGUGCUUUGGACACAGGUUUUACAACCAUUUUGCUAAAGUUUUUUUUCUUUACCUAGGCUGGACAUCUUCAGCUCCCAGCAUUUGUCGCUGCGUACAUGUACCCAAAGCAGGAUUCUCUUUUCUUUCUGUUGGGACAUUUUUAUUAUUUUCUACCUCAUAGAAAGAUGAACAAGAAUUGCUCAGUGCUUUUGAGUGCAGAAUAUAAAAAUGUCUUGCUUUUUUAAAAUUUUUCUUUUUUUUUUUUAAAUAAUCUCUUAUGUAACCAAACCUGGAAUGUGUGCCCUUAGGUCAGCAGUGGAUAAAACGGGAGCAGUGGGGAAGACGGGCAUCUAUUCAUGUCAUUUGAAAAGACUUUCAAUGGUUAGGCACUGUGGUAUUUAUUGAUUACACAUCAGGUAGCUGUUUUCUGUGAUUUUGUCUAACCGCGUCUUAAAGAUUUUAUGUUUUUUUUUUUUUGUUUUUUUUUACAUUUUAUUGUUAGAAAAAUUUGAGCUUGCCAGCUGAGACAUAUAGGACAACCCAAUGCUACAGAAACACUGCUGUAUAAGCUACAGCCUUUACUAUGGCAAUGUCAAGCAGGCGUUGCCAACCAAACCUGCCUCAGUUUAUGCUGUUCUUUAGCGUAAGGCUGCAAUGUCAUUGAACUGAAGAUAUUCUAGGAGAAAGGGCACUACUUAAAGAGAAGUUGUCCACAGCGUCCUCCCUAUCCAACUGUUUGCAUAGACACAUUUUGUUCAUUUUAUUUUUUUUGACCCGAGGCUCCUCUCCCGAGUUGUGAUACUUUUUCUUAGCAUACAGUUUAGUCCUGCGGUGCUAUGAGGGCGCCACCGUUGCUCUUAUUGCACCCAAGCUCCACUCAUUUCUGUGGCUAGCUGCUUUGAUUGACAGGAGUAGUCGGGGGCAAAUCAGCCAUGGAGGGUGCUGGCCACAGAAAGGAGUGGGGCUUGUGUCCAACAAGACCUCAUUACCCCAAAGUCCUCAUUUGCAUAUUAGGAAAAAUUGUCAUAACUUGGCAACGGAGCCUCAGAGCAACAAAAGAAUAAUUACAGCUACGUGACUAUGCAAACAUCCUGAUGGGGAGGUCACUGGUGUGACAUAGCCUUUCUAUUUUUAUUUUUUUUGCUGUAGUAAUCAGAUUAAGUACGGCCAGUGGGUUGUCAGUACUAGGAGUAAGAUCCCGUAUGGUGUGUUGCUAGUGCCCCUGUUGAUAUUAGGCCUUAUAGCGCUUACAGGCGUGCACACAGACACUGGAGCAAUAAUCUAGAGUCCUUAUUAACUCUUCACCCAGUAUAGGGAUGGUUGGUUCUCACCUUCACGCCAUACAGUUCACUUGCCCGUCAUAUUAACAAUGAGAUUUGUUGUUCGUCAAUUACUUUUUUAAAAAAAAUGUUUUUGUUCGUCUCCUAUUUUUUAAAAUCUCUUCUACAAUCCCAAACCUAAAUACCACACUUGAGAUUAACCAGCAAUGCCUAUUUCCUAAUCUUUCCCCUCAAUCUCUGUUGCAUCCGAUGACUAAAUCGCACAACCACAACUAAAACAGAAUUGGGCCAUCACAACG